ACUCUCAUUGCAUUGCGCAGAGCUCGGCCAUCUUUCUCAUCUGUCAGGCAUUCCUGAGAAAGAGGGCCAUUCUACCUCUCCUGCUGCCAGCCUUCACUCCAGCAAGGAGGGUGCUGGGUGACCUGAGCCCACAUAGCCCUGAGUGAGCAGUGAGGCCGUCUCCUGCCCUCUUCUGCCUGGAGGGCUUGUCAGUGUCCCCAGAUGUCAGGCCCUGCCUCCUGACGUUGGCCUUUUCACUACAGAUACCCGAAGCACACACAGCAGAGUCCUCUGGACUUCGAGGAGGAACCCACAGCAGGAGGAGGUCAGCAAGGAGUGGCUGUGGAAACCUGGGACCACUUCUACCUUCCUACGUGGCAGUGGCUCAGAGUUAUUUGAGUGCUGUCAAACUGAGCUGAUUGCUGCCCUAGUAUUAGAUCAGUCCAUAGAAAGUGGGAGCAAUGGCAUUGACACUGCUAGAGGAUUGGUGCAAGGGGAUGGACAUGGACCCCAGAAAGGCCCUGCUGAUCAUAGGCAUCCCCGUGGAGUGUAGUGAGGUGGAAAUUCAGGACACUGUGCAGGCAGGCUUACAGCCCCUGCGCGCAUACAGGGUGCUAGGGAGAAUGUUCAGGAGGGAAGACAAUGCCAAGGCAGUCUUCAUCGAAUUGGCUGACACUGUCGAUUACACUACUCUGCCUAGUCACAUACCAGGAAAGGGGGGCUCCUGGGAAGUGGUGGUAAAACCCCGUAACCCAGAUGACGAGUUUCUCAUUAGACUGAACUACUUCCUGAAAGAUGAGGGCCGAAGUAUGACAGAUGUGGCCAGAGCCCUGGGAUGUUGCAGCCUCCCUGCUGAGAGCCUGAACGCAGAGGUCGUACCCCAAGUUAGACCCCCACCUUUAGAGCCUCUGAAAGAAAGUAUGUGGUACCGGAAACUGAAAGUGUUUUCGGGAACUGCUUCCCCUAGCCCAGGUGAAGAGACCUUUGAAGACUGGCUAGAGCAGGUCACUGAGAUAAUGCCCAUAUGGCAAGUGUCUGAGAUGGAGAAGAGACGGCGUUUGCUGGAGAGCUUACGAGGGCCUGCUCUGUCAAUCAUGCGGGUGCUUCAGGCCAACAAUGACUCCAUAACUGUGGAGCAGUGCCUUGACGCCUUAAAGCAGAUCUUUGGGGAUAAAGAGGACUUCAGAGCCUCUCAGUUUAAGUUUCUGCAGACCUUUCCGAAGAUUGGAGAGAAAGUCUCCACUUUCCUGCUGCGCUUAGAGCCCCUGCUGCAGAAAGCAGUGCAGAAGAGCCCCUUGUCAGUGCGCAGCGCAGACAUGAUUCGUCUGAAACAUCUCUUAGCUCGGGUCUCCAUGACCCCCGCCCUCAGAGGCAAGCUGGAGCUCUUGGAUCAGCGAGGGUGUCCUCCCAAUUUUCUGGAGUUAAUGAAGCUUAUUCGAGAUGAAGAAGAGUGGGAGAACACUGAGGCAGUGAUGAAGAAUAAGGAGAAGCCAUCAGGGAGAGGCCGGGGGGCCUCUGGUAGACAGGCAAGAGCAGAAGCCAGUGUCUCUGCACCUCAGGCCACCGUGCAGGCAAGGUCUUUUAGCGACAGCAGCACCCAGACUGUACAGGGAGGCUUACCCCCAUUAGUGAAACGCAGGCGGCUGUCGUGCAGUGAAAGCACUAGGGAAGAAGACUAUGGCCAGGCCAUGUAUCCCAAGGCUGAAAACCAGACUCCAGGCAGGGAGGGGCCACAGGCUGCAGGAGAGGAGUCGGGAAACGAGGCAGGGGCUGGGGCCAUGAGCCAUCCCAAGCCCUGGGAAACAUAGGCUCAGAAGACCCAAGCACUCCUUCCACUGGCAGGCAGCAGGGACAUUUGAACAAAGGGAAGGGGCAGCUUACACUAACAGGGAACUUGAUUGGGGCAGAGGGACAGGGAAGCCAGGUCAAGAUCAAGCCCCUUUACUUUCCACCAGCUGGAAGGGACUUCACCAACCUAGACCAAAUAGCAUCUGGUUCAGUGGGGGCCGGGCCCAUGGCCCCUAACAGGUACAGGAGACACAAGCAGGGAACCACUACACUUAGCACAGGGGGUGGCUGGGCUUCAGAUGGGGACCCCAACAAAGCAGGGGCUAAAGACAGUGUGGCUGGCGGCUCUGGCCUGGUCAUCUGGACACCCCCAAAUAUCCACCCUGUGAACUUUGAGCUGAGAAUGCCCACUGGCACCCAGGCCAUGUGGGACCUGGAGGAGCCUGCCUGGGGCCUGCCUCUGCCAGAAGGAGCCAGGGCUGCUGAGGAAGAGCUGUGGGGGAGAAGUGAAGCCCGGCAGGGGAGGCUGCAGGGUCCAGCCCGUCUUUAGGAUCAUCUACACUGCAUGAGGGGAGCCCCAGGAAGGCAGCAUUCAUGAGCCCCUGCACCAGUGAGGAAGAGAAAGAGGAGGAGAAUUAAGAAGAGGAUGAUCAGGAGGAGGAAUAGGAGAAUAAGGAGGGGCAGGAGGAAAAGGAGGAGGAAGAGGGGGAGGAGAAGGAGGAAGAGGGGGAGGAGGAGGAAGAAGUGUGAGAAGAGAGGACUUGUUGGGGAUGGGUAGUUGUUUUUGGUUUGCGUCAUCACCAGGCCCAGGCUCUGCUCACUGCUGUUCCGUGUCAAGAACUCCACCUCUGCUUUGCCGGUGUAGAUCUCGGCCAGCAGCUGCUUGUUGUCUUGGGGAUGUUUAUGUUUGUAUCUGAGCAGCUCCUUUCCAGAGUACCCCAGCGCAGUUCCAGGAGACAGUGGGAAGGAGGCAUGGCAGACGCUCACCUUGUGACCGUGACCUCGACUGCAGGAGGACGAACCAGACACAGGACGGAGCAGGGCUGCCUGAGGCUCCCCAGGAAGCUUUGUGCUUUGGUGUUCCACCCCUGUUGUUACUCGUGACUCAGUUUCCUCAAUUUGGUGGGGUGUUCCCUGCUAUGUUUUCCAGCAUCCUGUGACUGUCCUGUGCAGUCUAUAAGACAGGGCCCUGCCCCAGCGGGUGGGCUCAGGAGGGGGUUACCUGAAGCGAGUACACAUUGCCAGAGCCCACAAUCCUGGCAAGAGGUGGAUCCUGGGGCCCUGUGGAAGGAGGGACGUGGUAGGGGGAGCCACGCUGAGGGAGGGGCCUGGGACUUGUGACUUGCAGUGGUUGUUUGCAGUGUCUGUCUAUGUUACAAUUCCCUUCUCUUCAGCGGUUUCAGUUCAUGUUUCUCUUCAAUAAAUUUUGUUCAGUGUUCCAGCAGUGUUUUGCCUCUUCUGUAUGAAAC